AAAGUUUAACUGUUGCAUGCUGCGUGAAUCAUGAAUAUAAUAUUGCUCAAAGAACGGAAACAAACCUCAGACCCAUAUCAUAUUGCAUUAAAAGAGUUUGGGAACGUCAUAUUCAUACCUGUUCUGUCAAUCAAUUUUGUCAACUUGGAUCACUUUGAAAAACUGUUGUCUCAAGACACAUAUGAUGGUAUUAUAUUCACAAGUGGAAAUGCUGUGAAAGCCACGAAAACAGCACUAGAAAAAAUAGCAUCAUCAAUCACCAAAGUAUCGUUGCAAAAAAAUUGUUACGUUGUUGGCAAGGCAACAGAUAAAUUGGCUUCUGAGAUUGGUUUCAAAUGUUCUGGAUCAGGAUGUGGAAAUGCAGAGGAGUUGGCGAAGCUAAUUAUUGCAGAAAAUUCUUCAACCUCUUCUAAAGGUUUCCUCUUCCCAUGUGGGCAAUUGAAACGUGAGACUUUACCAAAUAUGCUGAAAGAAGCAGGAAUCAAGCUAACGUGCCAAACUGUAUAUGAGACGACCGAACAUCGAAAAAUAAUUGAAGCAAUUGAGAAGCAUAAGUCUCAGAAUAUGAAUCCUACUAUCGCAAUCUUUUUCAGUCCUUCUGGAGUUCAAUUUUCUCUUCCAAAGUUCAAACAAGUUUAUGGUGAAGAUUUAAAUGGAUUUUAUUGUGCUGCAAUUGGACAGACAACAUCAGAAGCAUUAAAACAAGCUGGAAUCCAACCGUGUUGUGUUGCCGAACAUCCCAACCCUGACUCCUUAUAUUUGUCUAUCAAAUCAUUUAUUUCAAGUAUCGAAAAUAAGUCAUGACUUUGAUGAGAAAGGAUUAACUUCAUAUAUCACCAAAGCAUCAACUCCCUGUUUCUCCUCUUUUGACAAUGACUAAUCAGCAAUGAGUUCACGAUGACAUAACAAUUGAAAUUUGACAAAAUAGUCCGAUGCUUUCUUCACUCACACAAAAUUUCCAGCAUGGUCGUAAACAGACUUUGAUGCAGAUUUUGGUGUUAUUACUUUUCAACUAGAUAAUUUGAAACAAAAUAGUGAUUUUGGAAGAUGAAAACCUGUAUUUACACCCCAACUUGCGAAAACAUUACUAAAAUAGCACAAGAAUUCGGCAAUGGAUAAAAGGUGUGAAUAACUUUAAUAAUAUACAACGGCUGUUCUCCCUAAAUCAUUACCAUAUAUGUGAGUGAAUAUAUCAUCAGACAUAAAAAUGUUUUCAAACUGGGUUCGGUGUGAUUGUUAAUUUGCCCCAACUAUGCUGACAUGACCUUUGUUUGAUCACUGUCUAUGCAUCCACUAUUGGUUCAGAGUUGUCUUGCAGCUUAAUAUCCUUGAGCACCUCUAAGCGUACCCUGUGGUGUAUUAAUAUAACGAAAAAAAAU